AUGGCUUCAGCACGAUCCAGCAGAGCUCUCCGCCUCGCAUUGAAGCAGGCAGCCACACCGCGCGUGCAGCAAAGGACCUUCGUGUCAGCUGUCCAAGCCGCGAGCAGAACCGCAGCAACCAAACCCGCCGCCGUCUCCUCCCUCGUGCAGCAGACACGUGGUGUGAAGACUGUCGACUUCGCCGGCGACAAGGAGAAGGUGUACGAACGCGACGACUGGCCCCGAGACAAACUCCUCGAGUACUUCAAGAACGACACCCUCGCCCUCAUCGGCUACGGCUCGCAAGGUCACGGCCAGGGUUUGAACCUCCGCGACAAUGGCCUGAAUGUCAUUAUUGGUGUGCGGAAAGACGGGACGAGCUGGAAGGAAGCGGUGCAGGAUGGGUGGGUGCCGGGGACCAACUUGUUCGAGGUCGAGGAGGCGAUUAAGAAGGGUUCUAUUGUCAUGAAUUUGCUCUCCGAUGCCGCGCAGAAGGAGACGUGGCCGGCGAUUAAGCCGUUGUUGACCAAGGGGAAGACCCUCUACUUCUCCCACGGCUUCUCCCCCGUCUUCAAAGACCAAACCGGCGUCGAACCCCCCAAGGACAUCGACGUCAUCCUCGUCGCGCCCAAGGGCUCGGGGCGCACAGUCCGCACCCUCUUCCGCGAAGGCCGGGGCAUCAACUCCUCCUUCGCCGUCUUCAACGACGCCACGGGCAAAGCAGAAGAAAAAGCUCAAGCCCUCGGCGUCGCCAUCGGCUCCGGCUACCUCUACAAAACCACCUUCGAAAAGGAAGUCUACUCGGAUCUGUACGGUGAGCGUGGAUGCCUGAUGGGAGGCAUCCACGGUAUGUUCCUCGCACAAUACGAGGUCCUCCGCGAAGCCGGCCAUUCCCCCUCCGAAGCUUUCAACGAGACGGUAGAGGAGGCCACGCAGUCCCUCUACCCCUUGAUCGGGCAGAACGGGAUGGAUUACAUGUACGCCGCAUGCUCCACCACGGCGCGUCGCGGGGCGAUCGAUUGGAGCGCCAAGUUCAAGGCGGCGUUGAAGCCGGUGUUUAAUGAGUUGUAUGAUUCGGUUAAGACGGGCAAGGAGACGGCGAGGACGUUGGAGUAUGCGGGGCGGAGUGAUUAUCGGCAGGCGUUUGAGAAGGAGAUGGAGGAGAUUCGGGAGAUGGAGAUUUGGAGGGCGGGGAAGGCGGUUAGGAGUUUGAGGCCGGAGAAUCAGUAG